AUGAUCCAGCGCUGCUUCAGGUCGCACCUGCUUCGUCAAGCCUUUCAACGCUCUCGACAGAACGUGCGCUUCACGUUCAACUCGCUGCGGGCGUUCGGUCACGCGCGGAGUCGCCAGCAUUGGCGCAAUGUGGAUUUGAGGAGGCUUUCUCGAGAAGAGCUGAGACUUCUAGCGCUGACACUCAACUUGCCGUCGACGGGCAAGAAGGUGUUGCUCAUCUGCCGGAUUCAGCGCUGGGUAGACCAGCACGUACUGGUCAACGACGUGGCUGCGGAGGCUGCUGCUCGAGCGCUGGAAAAUCGUCGCAAAGCUCAAGGCAGUGUCUACUUCAGCGAAGCGCAUCCUGGAGCUGACCUCGUUGACAUCCGACCACUGCGAGGCCACUACAUCACGAGCAUCGCCGCGGGCUCCGAAUCCGACGCUGUGUAUGCGCUGGAUGGUGCUCGAGGUGCAGCGUGGCUGUGCCGAACAGGAGGGUUGGCGUCUCAAGUGGGGCUCUGCAGCCACGUUCAUCGGCACGACGAGUUCGAGCCAUCUCCGCGUGAAAGUCACUGGCUUGCUACCCCCGUGUUCCUCCACACAUUGCGUACGGAGCACGUCGAUCGCGUUUACGUGGCGCGAGGCCAUGCGAUGGCGCUUGCCAAAGCGGGCGAACUGUUCAGCUGGGGGGAUAAUGCGCAUGGAGCUUUGGGUUUCGCAGCGGAGUCAGCAGCUCAAGUGGCACGGAAUCGAGCGACGGUGGUCGGAGCCUUGGCGAACUAUCAGGCGGUGGCUGCGGCCGUGGGAGGACACCACAGCAUCGCUGUGUGUGAUCAGGUCGCUGGCCAUGACGGCGUGGUCUUCUGUUGGGGCAGCAAUUCACACGGUCAACUUGGUAUCAGCCCGUCCAGUUCCUCUACCAUUGACAAAUUGACCGAUGGCUCGGCCAAGAGAGAGCCAACCACGUUUCCUCGAGCAGCGGUGAUUCACCAGGUGGCCACACUUCGCUCGGUAUCGGUCCGUCUUGUGGCUUGUGGCGUUCUUCACUCGCUAGCGUUGACGUCCGAUGGUAAGGUGUACUCCUGGGGGUGCAGCGAUGGCGGACGGUUGGGCCAUGUUAAACCGUUGAAGCGCAGCAGCGAUGUCGGUGAGCCUGCUCUGGUUAGUGGUGUUCUUACCAACCUCGUUGUACUGAGGAUUGCUUGUGGCGCGUGGCAUAGUGCAUGCAUCGCUGCAGAAGCCUCACAAGCUGAUAGUGGAGCUGGCCGUGUCUUCACUUGGGGUACUGGUGUCUACGGACAGCUUGGCGUAGGGAAGGCUCAAGUCACGUACGAGCCCCAAGUCGUCCGUUUACCUCCGCGUGAGCUUGACGACGAAGUGCUGGCCACGCGACUCGCAUGCGGGACGCACCAUACAGCCGCGUUGACAGUUGCUAAUCGCAUCUUUACGUGGGGAAGCACUCGGGCAUUUCACGGAGUCCCAACUGAGCUGAGACUACCUGAUGGUGAGCGCUUUGGACGCGUCGCGUCACUCGCCUGUGGACGCACAUUCACUGUGUUCAACACGGUUUCUCGAGACGCAGCAAGCUACGAGUGGCCCGAAGUCCCGAGGCUUUGGCGGGAUAAACCGACGGUCAUUCCGCGCUUGGAUCUCUCCAAGCUGCCGACGCCACCGCUGUGUACAUCGAAUCCGCUGCCUCCGUUCAGCAAAGGUGCCCACGUGACCAAGUCCUCCAGCCAACUGCCGUCUCCAGUACGCCUUGAACCGUUCGCCGAUCGAUGUGCUCGAGAAGCUGAGGAGCUGCGUGAGGCCAAACGCAUCGACGAUAUCGACAUCGAAGCGAUUGUCCACCCGCUGUGCCGCUUGUGCUGGCGGUGCAACGGGUUUCAGCCGUCUCCGUUGCGGCUGUGGAUGUGUCGGAAUUGCUCCCAUGAGCGCCAACUGCAUGGAACAAGGAAACCCGGGGUUCCUAUGGGCGAGUAUGAAGCAGUUCGCAAGCUGCAGUGCUUGUUCCGUGCACGGCGAGCUCGACGAGUGAUGCAGCGUGCUCGUGAGCAGCGCUAUCAGCGCAUCUUCUGCAUCGCGCACGACGAGUUCUUCUACUACAACUUGUGGCAGCACAGUAAGUCUUGGACGCGGCCUGCGGAGAUCAGUGAAGACUUCGAAGUCCCAAUCCGUGACCCUGAUGCUUCGCCCCGGAUAUCGCCCCCAUUCACGCCCGUAGAAGCUGCAGUAAAACUUCAAGCUGUAUGGCGAGGCUUCCAGGCUCGACAACUGAUCAAGAAGCUGCUGAGUGAGCGGUACGAGAAGCACUUCGACCUGGAGAAGGAGCGCGUGUACUACAUCCGGAAACCUGGUAUUCCAAGACCUGCCAAGAAGGAGCCGCUGACGAAGUUGUGGGAUCCUCCUCCUUUGCUGCGCAAGAGGUACGACCUUGGUGAGCCUGUGGAAAUCCAGAGAUUAGCCAGGUUCGCCAACAUCGCCCCUGAUGAAGCUGCUCGGAUAAUGCAGCAUGCGUACCGAUGCUAUCGGGGACGUGAGUUCAUGCGCCGAAUUCUGCGAUCGCGGAUCAAGAAACUCUGGGACGCCAUGACGGGAAGGUAUUACUACUACAACGCCACCACUAAGGAGUCCUCAUGGGAGAAACCACGACUGCUACUUCAUGACGGUGACGACGACGACAACCAGGGACCGAAGGUUGGCCGUAAUGAUACGAAUGCCGACGCUCAUGGACGGAGACGACACGCCGUCAAUGUGCGGCCGGAGAAGUUCAACACUGAGGAAGCUGCAGCACGUACAAUCCAGGCACUCUACCGGCGGUUCGCGACGCGCAAGAUGCUGCUGGAGCUGCUUAGCCGUAGCGACACAAGCGAAGACUGCAGAGACUGCGGCAAAUGUCGCGUGAUGAAGCCGCUUCACGUCUACAGCGCAUGUGGCGCACACACCGGGCCAAAGAGGAGCUGCGUGACCUGCUCUUCGACGCGUACGAGAAAAUCUUCGACCCGACAACGGAGCACUUCUACUACUACAACCGCAAGACGGGAGUAG